AUGACAAGGGUUGCUAAAGACCUUGCUUCCACAGAUAUCACACAGUUUCAAUUGAAUUUUAUUCUAUUCCAAUCCAAUAUAUCCUUCGCUCUACAUGUGUGUUGCAAUCCCAACCUGUCAUGCUAUAUCCUUCACUCGCAUAUUUGUUCAAUCCCAACCUGUCAUGCCAUAUCCUUCACUCUGCAUGUGUGUUGUAAUCCCAACCUGUCAUGCUAUAUCCUUCACUCGCAUAUUUGUUCAAUCCCAACCUGUCAUGCCAUAUCCUUUACCCUGCAUGUGUGUUGUAAUCCCAACCUGUCAUGCUCUCUGCAUGUGUGUUGCAAUCCCAAUCUGUCAUGCCAUAUCCAUGUGUGUUGCAAUCCCAAUCUGUCAUGCCAUAUCCUUUACUCUGCAUUCCCAACCUGUCAUGCCAUAUCCUUUACUCUGCAUGUGUGUUGCAAUCCCAACCUGUCAUGCCAUAUGCAUGUGUGUUGCAAUCCCAACCUGUCAUGUAUAUCCUUUACUCUGCAUGUGUGUUGCAAUCCCAACCUGUCAUGUAUAUCCUUUACUCUGCAUGUGUGUUGCAAUCCCAACCUGUCAUGUAUAUCCUUUACUCUGCAUGUGUGUUGCAAUCCCAACCUGUCAUGUAUAUCCUUUACUCUGCAUGUGUGUUGCAAUCCCAACCUGUCAUGUAUAUCCUUUACUCUGCAUGUGUGUUGCAAUCCCAACCUGUCAUGUAUAUCCUUUACUCUGCAUGUGUGUUGCAAUCCCAACCUGUCAUGCUCUCUGCAUGUGUGUUGCAAUCCCAACCUGUCAUGCAUAUCCUUUACUCUGCAUGUGUGUUGCAAUCCCAACCUGUCAUGCUCUCUGCAUGUGUGUUGCAAUCCCAACCUGUCAUGUAUAUCCUUUACUCUGCAUGUGUGUUGCAAUCCCAACCUGUCAUGCUAUAUCCUUUACUCUGCUCUGCAUGUGUAUUGCAAUCCCAACCUGUCAUGCUCUCUGCAUGUGUCUUGCAAUCCCAACCUGUCAUGCUAUAUCCUUUACUCUGCUCUACAUGUGUAUUGCAAUCCCAACCUGUCAUGCUCUCUGCAUGUGUGUUGCAAUCCCAACCUGUCAUGCUAUAUCCUUUACUCUGCUCUGCAUGUGUAUUGCAAUCCCAACCUGUCAUGCUCUCUGCAUGUGUCUUGCAAUCCCAACCUGUCGUGCAUAUCCUUUACUCUGCAUGUGUGUUGCAAUCCCAACCUGUCAUGCUAUAUCCUUUACUCUGCAUAUUAA